AUGGAAAGAGACAAUAAGACUUCGGUAACUCUAUUUUUUCUUCAUGGCCUUGCUGGCUACCCCAUCUUUCAUUUUAUUUUCUUCCUGUUAUGCCUUAUCAUGUACAUUAUAAUCCUGUUGGGCAACAGUUUCCUCAUUACAAUCAGCAUCCUGGACUCUCACCUCCAUACUCCCAUGUAUUUCUUUCUUGGUAAUCUCUCUUUUCUGGACAUCUGCUACACAUCUACUUCAGUUCCUCUGUCACUUGUGAACUUCCUUUCAGAGGAAAAAUCUAUUUCCUUCGUAGGAUGUGGACUACAAAUGUUCUUUUCCUUUGCCAUGGGGAGCACAGAGUGUGUGCUCCUGGCUGUCAUGGCAUAUGACCGGUAUGUGGCCAUUUGCAAGCCUCUGAGAUAUCCCAUCAUCAUGAACAAGGGGCUUUCUGUGAAGUUGGUGACCGGUUGCUGGAUGGCAGGUGGGUUGACUUCAGUGAUACAAACCACCCUGACUAUGCGGUUGUCAUUUUGUGGGAACAUCAUUGAUUAUCUCACAUGUGAGAUACUGGCUGUGUUGAAAUUGGCCUGUGAAGACAUCUCCCUCAAUGUGAUCGUAAUGAUGAUAUCAAAUAUCUUUAUGAUAGUGAUUCCAGUGGUAUUCAUAUUCCUCUCCUACUUUUUCAUCCUCUUUACCAUCCUGAGAAUCAAUUCUGUUGAGGGAAGGAAAAAAGCCUUUUCUACUUGCUCCUCCCAUCUGACUGUAGUGAUCAUGUUUUAUGGGACCAUCCUCUUCAUGUACAUGAAGCCCAAGUCCAAAGACUCCCAUGCAACAGACGAACUGAUUGCUCUCUUCUAUGCUGUGGCCAUUCCCAUGCUGAAUCCUAUCAUCUACAGUCUGAGGAACAAAGAUGUGAAAGCAGCUGUGAUAAAGCUCGGCAAAAAAAUCUUCUCACAGAGAACAUGA